AUGACUAUAGUGUAUACUAAACACGUGUAUUUCUACAACACGAUGACGGUUCAGACGACUAUAGUGUAUACUGAACACGUGUAUUUCUACAACACAAUGACUAUAGUGUAUACUAAACACGUGUAUUUCUACAACACGAUGACGGUUCAGACGACUAUAGUGUAUACUAAACACGUGUAUUUCUACAACACGAUGACGGUUCAGACGACUAUAGUGUAUACUGAACACGUGUAUUUCUACAACGCGAUGACGGUUCAGACGACUAUAGUGUAUACUAAACACGUGUAUUUCUACAACGCAAUGACGGUUCAGACGACUAUAGUGUAUACUGAACACGUGUAUUUCUACAACACAAUGACGGUUCAGACGACUAUAGUGUAUACUGAACACGUGUAUUUCUACAACACAAUGACGGUUCAGACGACUAUAGUGUAUACUAAACACGUGUAUUUCUACAACACAAUGACGGUUCAGACGACUAUAGUGUAUACUGAACACGUGUAUUUCUACAACACAAUGACGGUUCAGACGACUAUAGUGUAUACUGAACACGUGUAUUUCUACAACACGAUGACGGUUCAGACGACUAUAGUGUAUACUGAACACGUGUAUUUCUACAACACAAUGACGGUUCAGACGACUAUAGUGUAUACUGAACACGUGUAG